AUGAACGUAAUGACCCGCUUGUCAACGCUCUCGAAGCAGAUGUCCAAGCUUACCGCUAAUGAGAUGGAAACCUUCCAGUUGGACCCACAGGACUUCGACCUUCAGAAGAUUCUCCAGUACAUCGUCAACUUUAACGCCAAAAGUAACGUACCAAAACCACAGCUCGAAGUUGUCUUCCGGGACCUCACUGUCGUGGGGAAAAACGCGUCUGCCUCCGUUUUGAAAGACGUGUCUAUCUUCUUCUUCCCUAUCGUCUACCUCGUGGACAAGUUCCGCAAGGACAAAAAAGACACGUUUGACUUCUCCAAGCUCGCAAAAAAGCGGAAAGUUAUCAAAGACAUCUCUGGCUAUGCUCUUCCCGGAACAAUGACCUUAGUCUUGGGAAGACCAGGUGCAGGCUGCUCCACGCUCCUAAAGACCAUUGCAGGGGAACGGAAAACGUACAUUAGAACCGACGGCCAGCUUUCAUUUAGCGGAAUUGACCAGAAGGAGAUGUUCAGAUUUUUCAAAAACUUGCUCAUCUACAACCCAGAGUUGGAUGUCCACUUCCCCUACUUGACCGUUGGCCAGACCCUGAAGUUUGCCAUUGGCUGCAAAACACCCAACAUCAGGGUCGAUAAUGAGUCCCGCAAAACUUACAUUGAAAACAUGAUGAACCUCUACGAAAUUUUGUUUGGCCUCAAGCACGUCGAAAAGACUAUCGUAGGAAACGAUUUUGUCAGAGGUAUAUCUGGCGGUGAACGGAAAAGGGUUUCCAUAGCCGAGGCAAUGGUAUCUGAAGGCUCUGUCUACUGCUUUGACAACGCCACGAGAGGGUUGGAUGCUUCCACUGCCCUUGAAUUCACACAAACUUUGCGGACGUUUACGAACGUCACUAAAGCAACUUCCGUUGUCACCAUAUACCAGGCUUCAGAGAGGAUCUACGAGUUGUUCGAUUACGUCACAAUAUUGUAUCUUGGCAGACAGGUCUACUUUGGCCCAAUCCACAAGGCCGUAAUGUAUUUCGAAAAAAUGGGUUUCAUUAAGGAAAGUAGACAGACUAGUUGCGAGUUUUUGACAAGUGUUACCGAUCCUUUGGCAAGAAAGUCGAAACCAGGUCUGGAAAAUUUACCUUCAUCGGCAGACGAGUUUGAAUCCUACUGGAAAAAUUCCCCGGAAUACGCACUGUUACAACAAGAAAUUGACCAAAAAUUGGAAGCCCAUAGCAGCAAACAAACCUCUGACGAUAUCCAAUCAGUCCGGAAAUUAUUAAAAGAAAAAGGAACAUCUAAACACUCUCUUUACACUUUGAAUUAUCUCUCACAGCUAAAAAUAUGCUGCCAAAGACGUUCCCAAAGUAUUUUGAACAACCGUGCUUACACGAUAACUUUUAUUUCGGCAUCUGUGGUUCAAUCUCUCAUUAUCGGUUCGUUGGGCUACAACACCCCAACCUCCACCCUUGGUGCCUUCUCUCGUAGUGGUAUUAUUUUUUUUGCCUGUCUCUACUUUAGUAUCAUGACGUUGGCCGAAACUCCUGUUUUAUUUCAAGAUAAACCGAUAUUGAACAAACAGUACGCUUAUACAAUGUAUCAUCCCUCCGCGGAGUUGAUCUCCAAACAAUUGGUCCAAUUUCCUGUUCGUCUAUUUGCUAUUGUUAUUUUUACAAUCAUCAUGUACUUCUUAUCUAACAUGAAAAGAGAACCUGGCCCAUUUUUUCAGUUUAUGUUGAUGACCAACCUGGUCGUCCAGGCAGUCAGUGGAUUAUUCACUCUUUUCUCCUCGUUCAUGCCCAACUUAUCUUCAGCUAUGGCUAUAUGUGGUGUCAUAUUAUUAGGUUUAGGCGUGUAUUCAUCAUACAUGAUUCAAAUGAAUUCGAUGUACUGGUGGUUCAAAUGGUUUGCCUAUACAAAUCCAAUUCUAUAUGCUUUUGAGUCAAUGAUCACAAUGCAAUUUCACAACUUGAGAAUGCCAUGUUCGAUAAAUAACUUGAUUCCCUACGGUCCUUUCUACACCCAAAUUGAUACAAAACUGAAUCAAGUAUGUGGAUUUGUUGGUGCUGCAAACUCAAAAAUAUUAUACAAUGGCUCAAAUGACGUUAAUGGUGAUAUAUAUCUCAAGUUAUCCUUCACAUACGCAUUUUCUCAUUGUUGGAGAAAUUUUGGGUUCAUGUUUAUUUUCAUAGCAGGUUAUUUGAUUAUCAAUUCUAUCGCAGUUGAACUAUUCAAUCCUAUCCCCUCCUCUUCAGAUAAAUUAGUUAUGAUUAAAAAUGCCAGAGUGAGUAAGGCUUUAAUUGAUCAUUUCAAGCAGAUUGCCCCUGCCGAUGAUGAAAUUCACAAGCAUGUGAUUGAAAGCGAUACAUCCUUUGAAAGUAAUGAUGAUACAGCUAAGUCUGCAUUCAACCAACUAGGUUCAAGUGAUAUCUUCUGCUGGAAAAAUGUUGACUAUGUGGUACCAUACGAUGGAACAGAAAAAAAAUUGUUAGACUCUAUCCAAGGUUACGUUUUACCUGGCACGAUGACGGCAUUGAUUGGUGAGUCUGGUGCCGGUAAAACGACUUUAUUAAAUGUCCUAUCAAGGCGUACAGAGGUUGGUGUAGUAACAGGUGAUAUGUUGGUCAAUGGUAAACCUAUUGACCUUUCAUUCGAAAGAAGAACAGGUUAUGUACAACAGCAAGAUCUCCACAUCUCAGAAUUAACUGUCAAAGAAUCAUUAUUAUUCAGUGCUCGUUUACGUAGACCCAAAAGUGUUCCCGAUGCUGAGAAACUCGAAUAUGUCGAGACCGUGAUGAAAAUCCUACAUAUGGAAGACUACGCAGAUUCCAUUGCAGGUGUUCCAGGAUACGGAUUAAAUGUUGAGCAGAGAAAGAAAUUAUCCAUUGCCACCGAAUUAGUUGCCAAACCUUCUCUUUUAUUGUUUUUGGAUGAACCAACCUCAGGUUUAGAUUCACAAUCGUCAUGGGCUAUUGUCCAAGUUUUGAAGGAACUAGCAAAUGCAGGACAAGCAAUAUUAUGUACGAUUCAUCAACCUUCAGCUGUUUUGUUCGAGCAAUUUGAUAGACUACUUUUGCUUAAAAGAGGUGGUCAGACUGUUUAUUUUGGGGAUAUUGGUCAAAAUUCUAGAGUUUUGUUAGAUUAUCUUGAAAAAAGAAGUGGUUUAAAGUGCUUAGAAUCAGAUAACCCAGCUGAAUACAUGUUAGAGGUAAUUGGAGCAGGAGCGACUUCGGCCGUUUCUAAAGACUGGCAUCAAUUAUGGCUGGAGAGCGAUGAAUGUGCUCAGGUGGCUUCUAAAAUUGAUGAACUCAUUGAAAGUGGCAGUCAUAUCACCGCUGAGGUCGAUGAAGAAUUAAAGAAAACUUUUGCAACACCCUACUUCUAUCAACUUUACCUAGUCAACAAAAGAACUGCAUUGCAGCUCUACAGGUCUCUUCCUUACGUUGCACCAAAACUUUUUUUGUACGUUAUUGGCAGUUUGUUCACAGGUUUUUCUUUCUGGAAUGCCUCACAUACUAUUGUUGGUAUGCAGGAUGUUAUGUUUGCCACGUUUCUUACCUUGGUUGUUAGUGCUCCAAUUAUGAAUCAAAUUCAAACAUAUGCAAUUGCUUCUAGAGAAUUGUUUGAGGUUCGUGAAUCCAAGUCAAACACUUUCCACUGGUCAUGCUUAUUGAUUGCACAAUAUGUUAAUGAAGUUCCUUAUUGUAUCGUUUUUUCUACAUUCUACUUCAUCGGCUGGUACUUUCCUGUUCAAUUUAAUAAUUCGCCAGAAAGAUGUGGUUUCUGGUGGUUCACUUACUGCUUCUUCUAUUCCCUAUAUUAUCCUGCUCUUGCCUUGGCCAUCUUAUAUCCAUCACCGGACUUGCCGUCUGCAAAUGUUAUCAUGGGUUUGAUAUUCAGUUUUACAAUGGCUUUUUGUGGCGUUUUCCAAAUCCCUGCCUUGAUGCCAGGGUUCUGGAAAUUUAUGUGGAGAAUUUCUCCAUUGACAUACUUUAUCGGGAACUUGUUUGGAACCUCUCUCCACGGACGUAAAGUUCGUUGUGCGAAGGAAGAAUACAACUAUUUGGAACCACCAAGUGGUCUUACCUGUGGUGAAUACUUGGAGCCUUUCUUCAUGUACAGUUUUGGAUAUGUCAACAAUCCGAAUGAUACUUCCAACUGUGCUGUAUGUAAGUAUUCUGUUGGUGAUCAAUAUCUUGAAGCUAUUGAAAUCAAAUAUAGUCAAAGAUGGCGUAAUAUCGGCUUCUUUUGUGUCUAUAUUGGAUUUAAUUGUUGCGCUAUGGUUGUUCUCUACUACAUAUUCAGAGUUAGAAGGAUUAAUCCAAUAACACCAGUUUUAUCAUUGCUCAAAUCUUGGAAGAAAAAAUGA